UUUGAAUCAGUGGCAAUACUAGAAUCCAGCAUUAUCCCAUACUGUCAGGAUCCUCAUUGUAUAUUCACCUUUCUCCAUUUCAGUGUUAUAUACACAGCAGUAUAUACUUAAGCAUACACUACAGUUAACUAUUUUUGUAUCCAGUGCCAUUGCUAGGAUUCAACAAACAAAUGCAUACUAUGUAGCAUACUACACUAUGAUAUUUAGAAUGUAAGUACGUGGGCUGCUUAUGCAUUAUACCACACAUACUGCACACAAUGGAAAAAGAUAGUACGCAGUAGAAAUUAAACAGCAUACUACUUAGUGCACUAAGCUAUACAGUAUAUGCACUGCAAUUAUCUAAAUGUUGUAUCACAGGCUGUCACAGGUCUGCAUGUAACACGACAUGUGAACGUUCAGCAUUUCUUCUGGUUAGGAAGCACAGUAAGCAGUUAUGAGUUAAUGAAAAAUAAAUCUACAUGAUCUAAAAGAAUUUGAAAUAGAGUACAUGCUACGAUACAUAAUCUAUUUAUAUUUCUACUGCAUUAAAAAUGCUAAAUAGUAUGCACUAUAAUACAUACUGUGCAUACUAAACUAUACUAUAUCUACAAUGUAAGUACGUAGGCUAUGUAUGGAAUAUACCACACAUACUGCACACUACUACUAGGAGCACUCUGUAUAAAUUAAACAGCAUACUAUGUAGUGUACUAGAUAUGCACUAAAGGCUAUCACGGGUCUGUGUGUAGCACUCAUCAUUGUAUCUGGUUAUUAUAAGCACAGGAAGAGUUUAUGACGGGUUCAUUAUAGGCCCACGCGCUCGGCCGGUUGUUUAGGCUAAAGGUGAGCCGGCUGGAGGAGCAGUUGACCGGCAGCAGCUGCCGUGCUUGGACCGGUGUGUCUGCUGCCCUGCGCUGGUGCUGCUGCACCUCCUGAAUAAUGAAUGAGUGACGCGCACAUUGCGGCUCUCUCUGCGGCGCGGACGGGGCGGGCUCGCGCAUGCAUUAUGACGCGCCGGUGACGCGCAUGCAGGAGUUUUAAUCCUCUGCCGCAGCAGCAGAUCAGCCGGUAACGCGAGGAGGGGGAUGCGCGGUCGGUCGCACGUACGGACGGCUAGAUCGGCUAAAAAAAAGCCGCAGACAAUUAAAUCCGCGAACAAUCUAUAUAGCGUGCAAAAAGGCGACCGACUCGACCGAAAGCUCCUCCUCUCUCGCUCCAAGCAGGCUUUGGGAAGUUCUAGGACUCAGUGUCUUUCUUAUUGUUCCCGAGCAGGCCUGGGUGGACGUACGAGAGCUUUGACGCAAUUAAAUGGGUGAUUACAGCUUCGGCUUGUUGCAGACAGCGAACACCAACACCGCCAUCAUCAGCGGACCCGCGCUCUUCGGCGGAGACGCGUACACACCCUACCGCAGCGCGUCCCCGGUGCGCCCCAGCAGCUCGCCUCGGGUGUCCCCUCUCUUCCCGUCACAUCAGCGCAACAUGCAGGAUGAGCCUGCGGGGUUGACAGCCUCUCAGUCCAGCAGCGAGCAGAGCAGCCGUUUUUCCGCCGCUGGUCACGCGCAGACAGCCGGUGACCUUCAGCACGACCGGAACAUACAUCAGCAGGCUGAUCCGCAGCCGCCGUACUCCUCCUCCUCCUCCUCCUCCUCCUCUUCGUCCAGCACGGGCCUGGACACCGAUGCGCCAUCGUCCAAGGUGAACAUCCAGAUGGAGUCCCCGAGCGCGCACCACAUCAACAACGGCACCGGCGCUAAUAACAUGCUCGCGGGCGCGUUCCCGGAGAUGCAGAACGCCGGGGGCGGCGGCGGCGGCUCGGCUUCCCCCACCCUGCCCGCGUUCGGUACGCCGUGGUCGGUGCAGACCAGCUCCCCUCCUCCGCCCGUCUCCAAUUCCGCGAACGCAAUAAACCCAAUCCCCGCCACCACCGAGCCGGACACCUACUACCCGGGCAUCCCCUCCUCCAUCAACCCCGGCUUCUUCCAGAGCUUCUCGGCCAACCCGUGCCCUGUGCAGGGCUUCAGCAGCCCGUUCUCCCCGCAGAUCAACGUCCCCCCGCAGCCGCAGAGCCGCCGGUCCCCGGUGAGCCCGCAGAUUCCCCCGCAGCAGCAGGGCGCCUUUCUGCAGCACAGGAACAACUACAACCACCACCAGCCCAUGAUGAAGCAGUCUCCGUGGGGCAGCCAUCAGGGCAGCGGCUGGAACUCUGGAGGCAUGUCCUGGGGCAGAGACCAUCGGCGCGGGGGUGGCAUGGGGGUGCCAGGCUCCAUCAAUCAGAUCUCACCCAUGAAGAAGCCCUUUUCCAGUAACGUCAUCGCUCCGCCCAAGUUCCCGCGCUCCGCUGGCUCCCUGGGACCCAAAUCCUGGAUCGAGGAGAACAUGUUUCGCACCGACAACAACAGCAACACACUGCUGCCCCUGCAGGAUCGCUCCAGGAUGUACGACAGCUUGAACAUGCACUCACUGGAAAGCUCCCUGAUUGACAUCAUGAGAGCAGAGCAGGACCCGCUGAAGGGCCAUGUGGGAUGCCCACACCCAGGCGCUGACGGCCUACUCAUGCUCAAUGCCAGGAGCUAUGGCAGACGACGAGGACGCUCUUCACUCUUUCCCAUUGAUGACGGUUUACUGGAUGAUGGUCAUGGGAAUCAGGGCGUCCCGGGUGUGUUGGGCUCGCCUCACUGUUACCCGCACCAGAACGGCGAGCGCAUCGAGAGGUUUUCCCGAAAAGUGUUUGUGGGCGGCCUGCCUCCCGACAUUGACGAAGAUGAAAUCACAAGCAGUUUUCGGCGCUUCGGGCACUUGGUGGUUGAUUGGCCUCACAAAGCAGAGAGCAAGUCUUACUUCCCCCCUAAAGGUUAUGCUUUUCUCCUGUUCCAAGAGGAGACUUCAGUUCAGGCCUUGAUCGAAGCCUGUCUGGAGGAGGACGGCAAACUCUACCUGUGUGUGUCCAGUCCCACCAUCAAAGACAAGCCUGUCCAAAUUCGCCCGUGGAACCUGAGUGACAGUGAUUUCGUGAUGGACGGAUCGCAGCCGCUGGACCCUCGUAAGACCAUCUUUGUAGGAGGAGUCCCGCGUCCACUGAGAGCUGUGGAGCUGGCCAUGAUCAUGGACCGCUUGUAUGGUGGAGUGUGUUAUGCCGGGAUUGACACCGACCCGGAGCUGAAGUACCCAAAGGGGGCGGGGCGUGUGGCCUUCUCCAAUCAGCAGAGCUACAUCGCUGCCAUCAGCGCCCGAUUCGUCCAGCUGCAGCACGGAGACAUCGACAAACGGGUGGAGGUCAAGCCGUACGUGCUAGACGAUCAGCUGUGUGACGAAUGCCAGGGAGCGCGCUGUGGUGGAAAGUUUGCGCCAUUUUUUUGCGCCAACGUGACCUGCCUGCAGUAUUACUGUGAGUUCUGCUGGGCGAACAUCCACUCCCGCGCCGGCCGCGAGUUUCACAAGCCGCUGGUCAAAGAGGGUGCCGACCGACCGCGCCAGAUCCACUUCCGCUGGAACUAAAGACCAAGCAGAAACAACUUAUCUGCUGCGGGUUUAAAAAAACAAUAGAGAAAAAGAAGCUUAGUUUGGCCCCAAGCUGUCAGUAUAGAGUACAUAACCGUAUACAGGAUAUAGAGAAUAUAUAUGAAUAUAAAUAUAUAAAUAUAUCUUUAUCUUUUGUAGCAGCCAGAAACACUACAAGCCUCAGUUUAUUUCACCAAACCACUUCUUUCUCCCUCCCUGUACAUCUCAGGCUCGGAACAGAGUUUUUUUGUGGUACGUUUGUGUUUUUGUUUUUUU